AACAAAAGAUAAAGAUAGAAAACUGCUAAGCUGCUAACUUCAUUACUUUACUUCAUUCAUAUUUCAUAGUAUAGCAUAGUAAGGUCAAGAAAUAUUGCAAAGAUAUUGCUAUUGAAAGCAAAGGAUUUUAUCGAAGAUAAGAUUAGGCACAUCAAAAACAGUUUUUGAUUAGAAGUUUUUACUUAAACCUUAUAAAAACAAAUUAUGGACGAUGGAGGUGUGGUCAAGAUGAUACUGGAUAAUAACUUGCCGCCUUUGAACUAAAUUGAAAUUGUCAAUAAUUACAAUUGUUUUCUAAUAAUAAAUUACCGCCGACGAGUCUUUAAUACAUUAUGUUCGUUUCUGAAGAGAAGUUUUAAACAAUCACAUUGGAAUCGCGUCUCUUCGAGUAUCGCCAAAAAUGAGCAAUUGGGCGAGACGAAUGCACCGGCGAGCUGCUACAUUGAGUAAUGUGGUCACGUCCUGUGGACAUCCUAAUACUCUCCCAUAUCCAAGACGUUUGGAAAAAGUUAAAUUUGGUGUUCCUCUUCACGAAGUCUGCAAAGAUGAUAUACCGGGACCUUUGCUUGUGCUGAUUUUAAAGUUAAACAAGGAGGCACCGCUACGUCGUGAUGUUUUUCGCGCCCCCGGCCAUCAAGGUGCUAUGAAAAAGUUAAUACACUUCUUACAGACUGGCCGGCUUGUUAAUGUGGAUAAUUACUCCGUGUAUACUAUCGCAAGUGUUCUGAAAAAAUUUCUCAGGAAAAUCCCAGGCGGUGUGUUUGGUCGCGAAGGUGAAAUGCAUCUAUUUGCUGCUGUAGAAUUACCACCUGAACAGCAAGUCGGUGCAAUCCGUGGACUUCUGUUGUCGCUCCCCGUGUGUACCCAGAGACUGCUCGUGCUACUUUUCGGCACUUUCCGGGUGAUGGCCUCAAACGCCGAUAAAGCAGGUACUGGUAUGACAUCUGAGGCGUUGGGUGUGUCCGUCGCGCCGUCGUUCUUCCAUUCCUGUGUGUCUGAUGGCAAGACCGCCACCAUGGAGGACGUGCAACGCUUCAAGGUGGCGACUCGCAUCAUGAGGCAGUUGAUCGAACAGUUCAGCGCUGGAGAUCUCUUUGGACGGGAAAACUACGAGUUUUACGCCCGUGUUACGGGCCGUAUAUUGCGCGUUAAGGAUGAAUGGAUCUGCUCGUUCAGAGAUCCCCCGCCGCCGAGACAUCAUCGGGAUCAAGAGGCUUAUGCAAGGCAGCUGUCACUGGAAGCAGAGAAAACAUGGCUGCAAUGUGAAUGCGAUCGUUGGGGCAACAAGUUCAAUCUUGAAGGGUUGUCAAAGUCUGAGGAGUGUCAGUCGAUGCCGACGCUGGCGAGUGCGGGGGGCGCAGGCGCGGCGGGCGGCGCGCUAGGGCUGGGCAUCAUACCCGAGCACAGCCUGCUCGACUCCUGCACACGUCUCUCUAUAUCACUUGAAGAGAGCGUCUUUAAGGUGUCUGUGAGUUCGUCAUCUCAGUCAUCGUGUAGCAACUCGAGCCCGCACAUGACGCUGGAGGAGCUGCGCGCAAUCAACAAGUACGCGGAGAGCACAAAAAGCCUGUCAUACUUGCCUCAGCGCACACUAAAGGAUCUAUUGUUUGAGUAAUGGUGACGAGAUUUUUUCUCAUUAGCCCACCUCGUAGUACCCGUUUCCACUAAGAAAACUUGUCUGUCUUUUAUAACCCUAACCACUACCAAAUAAAUUUUAUACAUAAAUUGAUAACCUAUAGAUGGAGAUACAAGUUUGACUUUUAAUCGACAGUAGUUUUUUUUUUGUCAUUUUUUAUUGUAAAUGGCAACACUGAGGAAAUUUACCCGAAAAAAAAGGCCUUCGGAGGACUUUUCGUUUCAAUUUUGUCUACGGAUUAGGUUAUCUACAGGUUAUUAAUCUAUGAUUCUUAUUAUAAUCACGUAGAAAUGUUUUUAAUCUAUGUCUAUGAUAUUCGAAAUUUGAAUUUAGCGAUGGUCAAAUACUGGCCGUUUACAGUAUUUGUUAGUGGUCUGUGUAAAAAAAAAUAUGCAUGUCGAAUCUCUGUCUCCGUAAAAAAAGGUCUGUGGUUGUUCCUUUUUAGUAAUGUUUAGAUGAUUUUCCUGUAAGAAAUUUCGGUCAAUUGCGUAUAUGAGAAGUAUGAUUUAUUGUGUCGCUGAUAGUUUGUGAACUGAGCCAGUUUGUAAUAUCACUAGGCAUAUUAUAAAUAACCAGAGUUUUGAACUGAAGGAAUAGUUGA